CAAACGCACAAACAACAGCUUGGUGUGGAUGGCAGCGCUGUGUCCUUCCUCCCACACGCGCGCGCUUCCUCUCUGGUGUAUGUGACGUUGCUGGCGCAUGCUGGGGACUUCCCUGUGUCUUGCUUGCAGCAAAAAGAUUGAAAAGCUUCCUUGAUUGCAGUCAGUCCAGGUGGUGGCGAAGCGGGACGGUGAAACUUGACACGGCGCUGUCCAAAACAGCAAACAGGCAGCGUGCUGCUGAGACGAUGGAGGAGGAUCAAGCAUCGCUGCGGGUGCUGGAUGUGGUGCAAGAGUACUUGAAGAGCACGGGCUUCACACAGUGGUUGCGAGACAACGUACAAGCCCUCGUGACACAGCCCUUGUUGCCGUACAACCCUUACUCAUGGCUCUUGACCAAGUGCAUGGCCCGUGCCACCUUACCCAACCUGGAUCGAUCCUCCCAUCCCCUGCCAGCCAUAAACCACAUCCACGAAGAUGACCAACUCCCGGGCGAUCUCGUCACGUUCAGUGGCCCUCUUGGGGAGGAAGCGUUUGGCCUUCGAUCUGUCCUCUUGCUCACAAACGCACGCGUCGUACGCACUGCAAGCCUGAUUGCCCAAGCCAUUGAAGACACAUGGAUGGGUUGCAUAAAGUCGAGCUUGCCGUUCAAUGUGCUGCUGGCGGCAACCAUACCUUCGCUAUGGGGUCUCUCCAACACCGCAACCACAGACCUGUCGCUCGCUUGCGAUUGCGUCAUGCGGGGCAUUGGCCCUGACGACGGAAUCCUCGUGUUUGUGAGCAUUCUGCAAAAGUUCACCGCCCGUCUCUCCACAGACACACACGCGCUGAUGUGGGCAGACGUUGGCGAUGAGCGGUUGUUUGCGGGUGAUGUGCAGUCAAAGCCUGCUGCUAGCAAACUCGUCAGUGCCCUCAAAGCCAACGCACCCGUCGUCCUUGCCGCCGUCUUCAUCGACUCUAGCACCCAGCGCGUGCACGCAUACCGCCUCUCCCUUGGCUUGCACAUCAUCGCCAAUCAAAUGGACGAACAUGCUGCGCUGUCGACGCGACCGCCAUACCACCUCGUCCUCACGGGCGCUCUCCUUGCCCGCAAGAGCGCAGCCCUCUACAUGUCGCUCUUCACCGCAGACCCGGGUGGGCUUGAACAGCGAUACAGAGCAACACUGACACAGUCGCUGGAUGGAUAUCGACAGCAGCCAAGCGAGACCGCAGCAAAUGUCCUCCACGCUUUGCUGGCCAUGGCCGCUGUCGAUUACAAUGAUGCCAACACCACCACCAGCACAAGCAGCAGCACGCAUGCGCCGCCGCCACCCGACGUGAGCACGGACGUGUUUGGGGACCUCAGCUCGGUCGCUGUAGUUGGGCCGCAGCGCGUGCGUCAUCUUCGACACAUUGCCUCAACGCCAUUUGUGGCGCUCGAGUCGUUUGCGCUGCAAGUCCAGACCAUUUACUCCCUUGUGGUGGACGCGGCUGCUGUUGCCGGCGCGUGCGGCGCUCCAGUUGACCGGUACAUUGCUGCUGUCUGUGAGAACAUCACUUCCUUCUUCCGCACCCUCGCCCACCCGGGUAUCGAGGAGGUUGCGGAAGACGUUGCGCUGCUCUGUGGUGCAAUUGCCGGUACCACCCGCACCGCCAACGAGCUUGAGCGGCUAUUUGUGUAUCUGCACUACUCGCGUGCUGUGUUGAAGCAGAGCGUGGUCGCGGACCUUGCAGCCGUGGGCGCCACCGCUCUCAUUGAGGCGCAACACACCGCCAUUGGUGACCGCGAGUAUGCAGAGUACCUGCAGGGCUUUGAUCUCAGCACCAUUGCUUGGGGUCUCAACAACGACCUCGUCCUCGAUGUUCAACAGAUCACAAAGACGUCGCGACUGCCGCCUGAUAUCCGCCACAGCGCCGUCAUUACGCAAUAUCUCAUUGACACGCGCAUGGACGAGACGCUGCGCCAACUCCUGCUCGAGGUGGUUGGGCAGACGUCCCUGCCGGCGAAUCCGUACAUGCGCGCGUGCACCGCUUUCCGCCGCGCAAUGUGGCUCACUGAACUCUGCACAGAGACAGACGCCAAACUGCAGGCCAGAAUCACGCGCACAGACCCAACACCCGCCGGCACCGAGGGCAUGUACUCGCUUGGCCAGCCGCCCAUCUUCGGCAGCAGUGCGGUGCUGACAGCCAUGAAGCCGCAGGCAUUCACGCAAGUGAGCGAGCUGUUGAAAGAGGUCAAGACAGAUGCAAUGGCUGGUCGCGGAGAAGUGGACACAUCCACCGCAAUCUGGCUCUCAGCACAUCAGGCGUUCUCUGUGUCGCACCGCGGGGUGCUGGUUGCCUUUGACUGCCACGAACACACGCAUCUCAUCUCCAGCAAGCGCGGGCGUGCACUUGAGCUGUUUGUUGAACACCUCACGCAGGCGCUGCUGCGACUAGCCGGCGGCCGCUGUAUCAUCAGCAGCAUCAACACCCCUGGCGCUUCUUGGUCCGUUGAUGACGUCAAGUACAACGCCAUUGAGCUGAAGAGUGCAGUUCAGUUUGCGCUGCAAGCACGCGAAGCUGUGUCCAUUCGCAUUCACAACUGGACGGGUGAUCGGUUCAUGUCGAUUCGCAAGAACAUCACGCUUUCUAUCAGCACCAACGACGGUUCUCUUCUUCUCGCCCCAACAGCGCCUUCCCUCGGGCUUGCUGUCAAGACGGCGGUGUUCCCCACGCUUGAUGAUGCACACACGGCCCAGCGCUUCCCCACCGUGCAGAGCACUUCGCGCGAUGUGUUACUGACGCAGCUGGGCGGGCAGGUGGCAAACGCUCACGCGGACAACGAUAUGCAUGCGGUGUUUGGGAAGACCGUUGUUCGCUGUGCACUGACGGGCGACUGGACGCUCUUGCCCUCGCUCGUGCGCUACUUCUCCAGCGCUGCCGACUCGUUGCUUGCAUGCAACGAAGUGCUCACCACGCUCAUCAGCCUGCAGGCGCUCGAGGUGGAGUCUGACGAACUGGACGCCACGCUGCAGCGCCAGCGCCAGGCAACGAGCAUGCAGGCACGCGGGCUCGUAACGCGCGUACUCAAGUACCACGCGCUGCACCUUCCACACGAGCUACAGGCUCGCAUUGUGUCGCACUUGCUCGGCCCGAUGGGCAGCGAAGACCAGCGGCACAUUCGGCACGUGCAGGGGUUCUUGCACGUGCUGCUGCGCGUGGUUGCGCAUCAGCUGUUUGCCGUGCUCGAUGAUGUGCGGGAUGCGGUGCGCGUGCAGCUGUCGGUCCUGCGCGCCGCUGGACUGAAGGACGAGCGAGACGACACAACAGGAAAGACAGUCGCAGGCGGUGCGCGGAAUGCACGGCGCCAGUUUGCAUCGGACAAAUCAUCCGACCGAACAAAGAAGACGGUCGUGUUGGAGGACGACCAGCCCAGCGGCUGGACUAUUUAACCACCAUGCAUGCGUGAAAACGUUUACAUGAGUGUGUGAGUGAGUGUCUGUGUGUCUGUGCAUGUCUGUGUGUGUGUGUCUGUGUGUCUGUGUCUGUGUGUAUGUGUCUGUGCCUGUGUGUCUGUGUUUGUGUGUUUAUCUCUCUCGCCCUGUCCCGCCCCUUCAUGUGCAUGUCAUCACUUUCAUGCUGCGCUUGGUGUAUAAUUGCUGUGUGGUUGAGAUGGCUGGUGUUGUUGGUGCAUCCGCCCAAGGGGGAGCGAGUGUGUGUGUGUGUGUGAUUGACGAUAACAGCCUCUAAUAAACUUGGUGCGU